CAGACUUGGGAACAAAUACACUUGUACUUCAAUCUAAGUUUGGGGAGGAGGAGGAUAGCACAAUUUCAGAUUGUAUGGUUGUUGCAGAAUCUGGUUUACCUCUUGAUGCUGCAGAGACUCCUCUAAACGCAGAGGUCAUCAGGGAAGAUGCACAACCUAGUUUUCUCCACAAAGUAGCUAGGGGUAAGCAGAUUGAUUCUGUCCAAGGCCUAGAAGACAACCUCCAACCAUAUUCCAUCCUCUACCCCCCGUUGCCAAGAUUCAGUCUUUCUCCUUUUGCCAACGAAUUCAUUCCCACUAUGCCUAAUUCCUUUGCAGCACUUUUCAGCCAAGAAGAUGCCAUUGAAACAUCAUUGGAACCACUUGCUUCAGAUGACCCAUUGGCAAAUAUUGAUGGAAGGAAUAUGGCACUCUCCAACAAUGCCAUUGAGGAUUUGCCACAUGAAAGAGAUGAGCCUAUACUUUACACACACUCGGAUGGAGAGGACAUGGCCUUUAUAGAUUAUAGACUUAAACCCCUCCAAAUAGACAUUUCAAGGUGCUCUAAGACACCAUUAUUUCUGGGAAGGGUGUUUAAAGGUCGGAAAACUUUCUCUCCAUCUCAUAUGGUCACUAGAAGUAAAGCGAGGCUGCUUACUGAAGGUAGAAAAAAUAAUCCUUUGGGCUUGUUAGAUGAAUCAAAUGACUCAGCCAAUUCCUUCGCUAAUGAUAUUAUUGAAGCCUUCAAACUAAGUUGUCCAGUUAAGAAGGAGACUGCUCCUAAAACCCCCCAUCAUCCCAUUACCCGAAGCCAAAAAAGGAAAGCAAAAAAGAAGGCUAAGCUUGCUAAGGUAGUGGAUCCGAACUGGGAUGAUUUUCAAGACGGUUUCCUCUAAUCUUUUUAUUCUUCAGUAUUGGAUUCUUUCAUAUGUGUUUAUAUUAUAAAGCAUUUUGUUGCAAAGAGGUCAACAGGAUUUCAACGGCAUGGUCCCUGGUUUUUCUUUCAAAAAGUCUGGGUAAUACGGAGUAGCAUAUUACAACUAUUGUUUUUCUUCUUCUUGUGACCUGAUCCUAUUUGGUGAGCUCACCUCCAGAGCUCCAUCGUCAAGAUAUAAUUAACAGGGUGCACGCGGUUAGAUAAAGGGG